AUGCUUGUAGCCGCUGUCUCUGAGGCGGGGUGUGGCAGAAGCGAGGCAUGCGCACGGAAGGCGAAAGCAGUUGAGGCGUGCCUGUUGGCGCCGGACGGAGAGAAUCCGCUGGCGGUCUCUAGAGACGGGCUCUGCGCGGCGUUGGGGAAAGCGAACGACGCAGAAGAGAUGAAGCUACACGCUCUCAAACUCCACCCUGGACAGCCGCUGACUGUACGCACAGCUCGGGAACUGUUGAGCUCGCAUGAUGCCUUCUAUUUCCACAGUCCGUACUCUCAGGAGAACUUCCUCCAUCGGCUUCGUUCCCGUUUCUCCCUUUCCAGUUCCGCUGCUGCCUGUGCGUCGGGUGUUUCGUCGCCAAGUCCCGCUUCUGCUCCUCUCGGCUUUUCUGACACUCGACGUAGCCGGGGGUCGUCGGUGUUUCCUCUUCUGGGCGUCGACAAGGUUCUCCCAGUCUUCACAAGCGACCAGCUGACGCCGAAUCCGCGGCAGUUCCACCCCAUGCAGAGUGACGGGCGCGGGGUUCGCGAUGGCGGACACGCAGACGGCGCUGGAGGUGGCGGCGUUGGAGGUACGAGAGAGGCAGACGGUGAGCGCCGCGAUUCAGGAGCCGGUUGUGGAGCACCUUACGGAGGCUGCGCGGAGGCAGGCGAUAUUGAUGGUAAAGCAGAGACAGAGAGGGUUUGGCUUGUGUUGGUGGAAGAAGUUGAGGUGGGUGUAAAAACCCGAGAUGGCGAAGAGGCAACAGAGUCCCAGCAAAGGUCGUCGCUACAUCCUUAUAGAGGACAGCUGUCGCCCGCGUCUCCGGCAGGCUUGGGCAAGUUCCAGAGAGGUGAGGAGCUUGUACCACAUGGACUGCUGCGCCUUCAGGCACGGGUGCCUGAGACGCAGGAGGGCACCGAAAGCAACCGCCUGGGUUUGCGGUCAGGUGGGGAAGCAAAUCGAGGCCACACAAGGCGUAAGGAGAAGGGCAUGAGGGCACUGUGGCACGGCAGACGCAGCCAACCGGAGCAGCAUUCUCCGCGACCUCUGACAGCUGGCCUUUCUGACGAUACCGGGAUAGCAACGUCGAAAGAAACUCAAUCCGCGGACGUGCCUGAUUUGCCUCGGGCGCGGCGAACGGGGAGACAGAGCGCCACGAGCUUGACGCCGGACAGAGUUGGCGAGGUGUGGAGAAAGUGUAGAAAUAAAGACAAGGUUAUUUCUGCAUACGCCGCGUUAGAACGCAGGCGAGCCGCGCAGGGAGAAGCGCUGCAGUACUAUCACCGGCAUCCGGCGGAACUGCGGGCUAGUGGAGACGGAGAUACCCACACAGCGAAGAUUACAGACAGCGGCUCUCGUCUGGAGGCUGGUGGAAUGGGUAAAGUUGACGCAGGAAGGCAGAGUGGAAAGCAAGAAGACGAGACAGCCAGUGAAUGGGCAAGACUGGAAGGGGGAGGGGGUAAAGCAACACAUGAAGGCGAGUUUAAGAAGAGUGGACCAGCCGCAGCAUGGGGUAAGGCGCACGGAUAA